UCAGACUCGAGAGGUGGGGAGAACAGUCUCAUCGCGGAGACACGCUUCCAUUUCACACAAUUAAGGAACUGAUUCGUAUUCAUUCGUAGGAAGAUUGCUGCCACUUUGCACUCGUGUAGUUAGUGCCUUCAUUUUGCCAUCACCUGUUUAUCUCCGGCCAGACGUCUGACAGCCUCACACAUACACAGGCUUGUCACAGAGGAGAACCGACAAAAAAAAAAAAAAAAAAAAAAAGGGAUCAAUACGAGAGGAAAAAUAUACGUUUGUGAGGUUUCAUCUGGACACACCUUAAAGAGGACUACCCUGUCACCACUACAAUCAAUAUGGAUGAAGACAAUCACGUUCCUGAGGAUCUGUCCUUGGAGGAAAGGGAUGAGCUGUGCAACAUCCGACGCAGGAAAAGAGAGCUGCUCGACGACAUUGAGAGGUUGAAGUUUGAGAUCGCCGAGGUCAUGACAGAAAUCGAGCAGCUGACGUGUGUUGGUGAAAGUAAAACAACUCAGAGAAACAAGCAGAUCGCAAUGGGCAGGAAGAAAUUUAACAUGGACCCUAAAAAGGGAAUCCAGUUCCUACUGGAGAAUGACCUCCUUCAGCACACUCCAGAAGACAUAGCCCAGUUCCUGUAUAAAGGCGAGGGUCUCAACAAGACGGUUAUCGGAGACUACCUCGGCGAACGGGAUGACUUCAACAUCAAGGUGCUGCAGGCUUUUGUGGAGCUGCACGAGUUUGCUGACCUCAACCUCGUUCAAGCACUACGGCAGUUCCUGUGGAGUUUCCGUUUGCCAGGUGAAGCUCAGAAGAUCGACCGCAUGAUGGAGGCCUUUGCUUCACGCUACUGCCAAUGUAAUCCCGGGGUCUUCCAGUCCACAGACACUUGCUACGUGCUGUCAUUUGCUAUCAUCAUGCUGAAUACCAGUCUGCAUAACCCCAACGUCAGAGACAAGCCCCCCGUGGAGCGUUUCAUCUCCAUGAACAGAGGGAUCAACGAAGGAGGAGACUUGCCAGAGGAGCUUCUCAGGAAUCUUUACGACAGCAUCAAAAACGAGCCGUUUAAAAUCCCGGAGGAUGACGGGAAUGAUCUGACGCACACGUUCUUCAACCCCGACAGAGAAGGCUGGCUCUUAAAGCUUGGCGGCAGGGUGAAGACGUGGAAGAGGAGGUGGUUCAUCCUGACUGACAACUGCCUGUAUUACUUUGAAUACACAACCGAUAAAGAGCCCCGUGGGAUUAUCCCCUUGGAGAACCUCAGCAUCCGAGAGGUGGAUGAGCCCAGGAAACCAAACUGCUUUGAGCUCUACAACCCCAACCACAAAGGCCAGGUCAUCAAGGCCUGCAAAACCGAAGCGGACGGGCGGGUCGUCGAGGGCAACCACGUUGUUUACAGGAUAUCGGCCCCCACGCCGGAGGAGAAGGAGGAAUGGAUCAAAUCCAUCAAGGCCAGCAUCAGCAGAGAUCCUUUCUACGACAUGUUGGCCACCAGAAAGAGGAGGAUAGCCAAUAAAAAAUAACCAAAGGCCUCUCUCAAAGUCUCUCCUUUGCAUCACUGCCAGGUCCGAGGCGAGCAGAAUCCAGCACCGUUAAAAAACUCACCUGUGGAUCAGUUCUCAGUUGAAAGCUACGAAGAAGAAGCAACUUUGUGCAACAUUUAGGAAGGAGGAACUUUGGCACCCUGAGCAGGAUUUUACAAGGAACUGCAUCUAUUUCGCUCCGCGGGGAGGGCGUCGCUCUCAACAAUUCUGUCCUGAUGGGAAGCCUCAAAGCUAAUUAAUCAGCUGGUCUGAUUUGUAUAUGCAAAACGGACUGAUUUAUUCGUAGCUUUAGACGAAUACGCAACCCCAAAACAGUUUGGGAUAUUGGCUUUUGGGUGAAAUUUCAAGAUGAACCUAAAAUGUGACACGAGCCAUCGUUCGGCCGAUUUCUUUUGCUUUGAAUUCCAAGACAACAUUUCAGAUACAAACGCUGCUGCUACAGCUCACUUCUAAAUAAGCAGCAGUUCUGCAGACGAUUCUUCCCAAAAGACAAUUCAAGCGGUUUAUUGCCACUCCCAGUUGACGUUUACUGACAGACAAACUAUAAAAGCAAAGAUUAUUAUGCGUGCACUUCAAACAACCGCAUAACUUUGGUGAGGGAAGUCUGAUAGCUUAAUGCUAACGCACAAUGCAAAACGCCAUAGACAGGCUAACCAAGCUCGUGCUGAUGUUGCAGGUAGUUGAAUACAGUGUAGCAACACAUGUAAGACGUAACACUCACAUGCAUAUAUUAUUUAGCCUUUGCGAAGAAUGAUAUAUAUAAUAUUACUGCAGCUUCCGAGUCAUUGUGAAACUCUUCUUUGUACUAUAUUGCCCCUGGUGGCCAAGAAGGAGCAAAAUGUGGGGCUGGAACAUAUUAAUGGCAUUGCCAUUCAUUACAAUGGCGUAGGAUGAUUUGAGGGUUUUGAGCUACAAGUGUGGUCACGGAACCAAUUAAACGUGUACCUGAAAGCAUAACUGUACAUUCCAAACGUUUUGAAGUCAAAUUAAGUCCACUUGUAAAGUGCAUACUAGGUUCAUCCUGGAAUUCCAAACGAAAGGAGAGCGUCUCAAACUUUUUUUUGUGAGUAUUGUGUAUUUGACUUGUGGAAAAUGCAUAUUCCCUGUGUUGGAAUAUUGGUUAGCAGAUUAAGAAUAAUUUGCACUACUGUAUUACUAUUAUUGUGUGUCUUUUGAGUAGCAUCGCUUCUUAUAAAGCUGUGUUAACAUUUUAUGAAGCGCCACCUUUGUGAUUAUGUUUGUAAUUUAUUUUCUUUUAACAAAAUCAUUUUACAAUCUGCAUGUAUAUGAUGUACAUAAUGUUUUUUUUCUUCUUGUUUUUAUAUAGUUUGCAAGUCAUUGAAUGCCCAUUAAUUCACGGUUUAGUUCAACAAUUUACAAUCAUGAUGAGGUGUGUAAAUGACAGGACGAUAAAGAUGCAAACAGAUAGCGGGGGUGUAAAAAAAAAAAAAAAAGGGAAAAAAAAUUACAGGAUUUUGAAAAAUAAUUAUAUGACCACUGAGCAGUUCUUUGGUUAUUUCAUAAGCCAUGGGAUUCUCUCGGGGCUUCUUUUUUUUCUUAAAUGACUAGACCUUUGAACAGAUGGUUAUCAGGUUGCAUUCAGUUAAGUGCUUAUUUACUGUAAUGGUGUACACAUGGAUAUUACAUAUCUAUUUUGUAAAAAGUACAAAAUUAUUCCCACUGCCCCUCCCAAAUAUUUUGAAUUCAUCCCUUCCGUGAGUUUUCCAGCUAUUUCAGUGCAUUUUCUUUUCUUUUUUUUUUUUUUUUUACCAAAAAGUCAAAGAAAACAGUACAAUUUCUGACAUUAACAAAAUGUAUUUUAAGGCAUUUACCUUGUACAAUGUAUAAAUGCUAACAUGCUAAAUUAAAAGGAAUAACAAGUUUUCAACUUCUGUCAAAAAGUUGCAAAACAAAACACAAUCCAUACUCAUGGCUGACUUUAGUCCAGACAAUAUGAGCAGAAUUAACAAGUUAGUCUAAAAACAAAUAAACCAAAACAACAUCCAUUUAUAAUCCUGAUACAGGACUUUCAUAUGUGUGUGUGUAUAUAUAUAUAUAUAUAUAUAUAUAAAAGUAACUGAUAGUACAGUUGAAAAAUUAAAUUCACAGUAUUCCUUAUGAUGCUAGAAGACGCAAAUCAGAUUUUUUUCUCCAUUAAUAAGCAAUACAAAUGGUCCGACAGCAUUAUUAUAUUGUCCUUUUCAGUUUCGUUAAAACAGAUUGUGAGCUGAAAGACAGACAGAAAGGAAUGACUUAGAGAAGAAGCAAAACAAGUUGAAAAAUACCAGCGUGUGUUCGAAAAUAAAACUCAGGGAAAUGUGCUCAAGUCAGUUCAGGGUAUCGUGGAGGUAUCAGUGAGUCAAGCGUUGCUUGUUGGUUUUGUUCAUAAAUUCCACACCUCCCACCAAUUUGCCCCUCCCAGUGGUGAAGUUGAAGAAAACUCAAAAUCAUCUACGCACGUGGCGACCUUCCAAACUUCUUUUCAGCAGCGUUGGGUUUUCCUUUAACAUGAAGCGAGUGGAUGAUGAUGAUGAGUUUUCAAGUCCUGAGUUCCACUGAGCAGCAGUUGAGAUGUUUUAAGCUCCAGGCUUUGUGUGUUCCGUACAUGUAUAUAUUAAUAUUUGUCAUCGUUCACGUCCGACAGGAGUGGGAGAGUUACUGCAACUAAAUCGAUGCUUUAAAAAGUGAAUAUUUAAAACACUUGACGUGGUAAAAAUACAAUUAUUUCUCAAUGAAGCACCAUGUCGUUGAAUCAUUCCUCCGCUGUAUAUUUCGGCAGGGGGUUCUGGAACAAGAGAAGAAGCAUUCAAGUCAAAUAUAAGCUGUAAAGCAGGGGUGGAAAAUAUUUGUGCUAAAGGCCACAAAACACACACACACACACACACGUUUAAAAAAACAUUCAAA